AUGGCGCUCAGAACCGCCACCCGCCAACUCUCGAGGCACGCCUCGCCAGCAACCCUCUCCCUCACAGCCGCCCGCCGGCAAACCCGCGGCCUGGCGACGCCAGCAUCUACACCCCCCACGACGCCCUCGAAGGGUCCCACAGCCAUUGUCUUCAUGAACAUGGGGGGCCCGUCCACGGUCCCCGAAGUGGGGGACUUCCUCUCCCGCCUCUUCGCCGACGCAGACCUGAUCCCCCUAGGGCGAUUCCAGAAAUACCUCGGACCUCUGAUCGCGCAGCGUCGCACGCCGAAGAUAGAGAAGCAGUACGCGGCUAUUGGGGGCGGGAGUCCGAUCCGCAAGUGGUCUGAGCUGCAGGCGGCGGAGAUGUGUAAGAUACUUGACCAGACGAGCCCGGAGACGGCGCCGCAUAAGCCGUACGUGGCGUUCCGGUAUGCGGCUCCGUUGACGGAGACGAUGUAUGCGCAGCUGCUUGCGGAUGGGUUUGGAGGGGGGAAGGGGGGGAGGGCGGUGGCGUUCACGCAGUACCCGCAGUAUUCGUGCUCGACGACGGGGAGUAGUUUGAAUGAUUUGUGGAAGUGGAGGGAGAAGUUGGAGGGGACGGGGAGGGGGGGCGAGGUUAAAGCGAAUGGAGAGGAUGGGUCGAUUCAGUGGAGUGUUAUUGAUCGCUGGCCGGCGCAUAAGGGGCUGGUGGAGGCGUUUGCGCAGAAUAUCGAGGCGACGCUGGCGACGUACUCGGAGGCUGAUAGGAAGGAUGUUACGAUCUUGUUCUCGGCGCAUAGUCUGCCGAUGACGGUUGUAAACAGAGGUGACCCAUACCCUGCCGAAGUCGCCGCGACAGUCUACGCCGUGAUGGAGCGUCUGAAGUUCUCGCACCCAUACCGGCUAGUCUGGCAAUCGCAGGUCGGGCCGCAGCCAUGGCUCGGUGCGCAGACAUCGGACACAGUGACGAACUACGUAGCGAACGGGAAGAAGAACCUCGUGCUCGUGCCGAUCGCUUUCACCUCCGACCAUAUCGAGACGCUGUACGAGUUGGACGAGGAGGUGAUCGGCGAGAGCGGAUGCAAGGACUCGAUCCGCCGCGUGGAGUCCCUGAAUGGGAACCCGGUGUUCAUACAGGCGCUGGCGGAUAUCGCAAAGGCGCAUCUGGAGGGCGGGGUACAGUGCUCGAAGCAGAUGGCGUUGAGGUGUCCAGGGUGCACGAACGCGAAGUGCGAGGCGAGCAAGGACUUUUUCGCGAGCGGUCCAGGGGGUGCGGUGGAGGCAUGAGGUGAUGAUGGGUGGUAAGGGGUGGUGAGAGGUGAUAGGGGUGGGAGUUGAACUCUGCUCUACUGUGACGUGGGUGUAUAUUAUUAUAAAAAUAUGGCGACAAAUGCCAGCUGUAGAUAAUAGGGUAUCACCAGGAAAAGGAAAAGUCGUGUUAUUUGAAGAUUAUGAGAAAUGCAAUGGCUACC